AUGUCGAAAGCCGUGGUGAAGACGACCUUUGAGGCGUCGCGGACCCUCCGUCCCAUCUACACCGGAGGAAGUACGGCGCUGGAUGCGAGUGGCCGCAUUCUGGUCACCUGUGUGGGUGAGGAUGCGCUGGUUGUGGAUUUGGAGACGGGCGAUCAACUUGCCAGCCUGGAAGGGGAUGGCGAGAUCAUCACCAGCUUGGCGAUUACGCCGUCGGCUUCACACGUGGUGGUCUGUUCGCGAUCAUUGUCCAUGCAAAUCUACUCCCUGACACCUUUCGACGACGUUUCCCGAACCAUUGAUGCGAAACUUGUGCGGACCUUGAAGCCGCACGUGGCACCCGUGGUGACCACCGCCAUCGAUCCGACCAGCACGCUCCUGGCGACCGGUGCGGCAGAUGGCUCGGUGAAGAUCUGGGAUAUCCGGGGCGGCUACGUCACACAUACCUUCCAUGGACACCGCGGCGUCAUCUCGGCGCUGUGCUUUUUCCAGGUGCAUAUCCAAGAUGACGAUGCGGCAGCGUCGUCCAAGAAGAAGAAAUCGAAGAAAAUCGACGACGAUGAGGAGAUGGGUGAUCUCACCACCUCGGGAAGCACAAUUGGAGGGUUCCGGCUGGCGUCGGGAAGUGAGGAAGGUAAAGUGCGCGUGUGGGAUUUGAACAAGAGGAAACCGAUCGCGUCCCUGGACUCUCACGUCUCGGUGGUCCGGAGUCUGUCGUACUCGCCGUCAGAGAAUGCGCUGAUCUCUGCCGGCAGAGAUAGGACCGUCAUUGUGUGGGAUGUCCGGACAUUCAAGACCCGCCGCGUGAUUCCCGUCCUUGAGAGCGUGGAGGCGGCGGCUUUCGUGGGUGACAGUGGACUGUGUGUCGUCGGCGGUGAAAAUGGCAAGCUGCGCGUCUGGGACUGCAACCGUGGAGGCGAGGUCACCGAGGACCAAGAGCCUGCCCCUGAAUAUGAGGCCGUGAUGGCCAUCCAGUAUACCCCCGGUUUGGACUUUGCGAUGACUGUGCAUGCCGACCAAACCAUCCGGCUCCACUCCCUCGAUUCCCUGUCCGGUUAUAAGCCUGGGUCGCGAUUGGACCCCCUGCCGGUCAUCAGACGUAUUUCUGGAAAUGACGACGAUAUCAUCGACCUGGCCUACGUCGGGCCUGAUCGGUCAAUGCUGGCUCUGGCCAGCAACACGGAGGCGAUUCGGGUCGUAUCAGUGGGGCCGUCCAAAGACCGGCCGUCCCAGGGACAACAGGAUUAUUUCGGCGCCGACGUGACCUAUCUGGAGGGUCACGACGAUAUCAUCAUCUGUAUCGACGUGGACUGGUCCGGUCACUGGCUGGCCACCGGCGCAAAGGACAACACCGCCCGUCUCUGGCGGCUCGACCCGAAGUCAUCGUCCUAUACGUGCUUCGCAGUGUUGACGGGUCACGCAGAGACCCUUGGUGCCCUCAGCUUCCCCCGCGAACCCCCGCCCGCCGACACGCCCGCCCGCCGCGAUCCGGUCAAUCACCCGCCGGCAUUCCUGAUCACCGGCUCCCAGGACCGGACCAUCAAGCGCUGGGAUCUCGGCAAACUCGCACCGCUCGCUUCCUCGCAACCGCACCACCCCAAGGCCAUCUUCACGCGCAAGGCCCACGAGAAAGACAUCAACGCUCUGGACGUCAGCCCGGGCAACACCUUGUUCGCCAGCGCCUCCCAGGACCGGACGGUGAAGAUCUGGUCGGCCGAGGACGGCACCACCGUCGGUGUGCUCCGCGGCCACAAGAGAGGCGUCUGGUCCGCGCGCUUCUCCCCGCGCGGCACCCCGUCCAUCACCAACGACACCCGCACCAGCACCAGCCGAGGCAUGAUCGUAACCGGCUCAGGUGACAAGACCAUCAAACUCUGGAGUCUCUCCGACUACAGCUGUCUCCUCACCUUCGAGGGCCACACGAACAGCGUCCUCAAGGUGCUGUGGCUGCCCCCUCCGGACCUGUCCGGCACCGGCGAGGACGACGACGAGGAGGGCCGCGCCGCCUUCGCCCACGCCGCGUCCCAAGCCCGUCCCAUGGUGGCAUCCGCCGCCGCAGACGGCCUCGUGAAGAUCUGGUCGCCUUACACCGGCGAGCUCGAGACCACGCUCGACAACCACUCCGACCGCGUCUGGGCCCUCGCGAGCCCAACCCCAUCCGGCAAACGCGAUGACGCAGUCUCCCCAUCCACCUUCAAGACCUCCUGCCCGUACGCCCUCGCCUCCGGAUCCGCCGACUCCACCGUCACCUUCUGGACGGACACCACGUCCGCGACCUACACGGCAACCGUCAGCGCGAACACCGCGCGCAUCGAGCAAGACCAGCAGCUCGAGAACUACAUCCGGGCCGGCGCCUACCGCGAAGCCAUCACGCUCGCUCUCCAGCUCAACCACCCCGGCCGCCUCCUCUCCCUCUUCCAAGCAGCCGUCGACGCCGCGGACGACCCGCACGCCACAGAAGCGCAGAAGAGCGAGCGAGCCAACAGCCUCACAGGCGACCCCUCCAUCGACCAGGUCCUCCAGACCCUCGACCCCGAAAACCUCCGCACCCUCCUCCUCCGCCUGCGCGACUGGAACACCAACGCCCGCACCGCCCCCGUCUCCCAGCGCAUCCUGUUCGCCCUCUUCCGCUCCUACCCCGCGUCCACCUUCAUCGAACUCGCCACCUCCAGCAUGGCCCGCAGCUCUACCGGCCGCCGCACUGCAGCCGGCAUGAAGGAUAUCCUCAUUGCCUUGUCCUCCUACACGGAGCGCCACUACCGCCGUAUCGAGGAGCUCGCCGACGAAAGCUACCUCGUCGAGUGGGUCCUCGGCGAAAUGAGCGGCGGCGUCGGUCUAGACGGGUUGAAGGACGCCAGUCACGACGAUGACAACGUACCGGAGCAUGAGCAGGACGUCCUCAUGUUGGGUGUGUAGACAUCUGCAACCAUCAAAAUAAAAACAAAAAAAGGGAAAGCAAAAGAAUAUAAAGAAGGGAAAAACAAAAGAAUAAACGAGAACAUGUAUAGAUAGAUCCAACGGGGUUGUGUGU